AUGACUUCUUGUGAUGGAUUUGUAGAUCUAACAAGACAUCAAGCAAAAGAUUAUUAUCGAACAGUGAGUUUUUUUUCGUACAAAAUAAAAAAGAAAAACCUAAUUAUUAUCAGCAGCAAAAAAUAGGAAACGUGAGAAAAACGAAUAGAUUAAUUAUGGUCUGACUCAUGUGAAAAAAAAACAAGAAAAAUAUAUAACCGAAAAAAAAAACAAUGUUAGAUGGAAUGCAAAAAGUAUAUGACUUUUCGGAACUUUUUCCAGAUUCUAGAAGUUUUGUUGGAAAAUCGGUAUGAGUUCAAAACCAUUUUCAUUUACUGUUACUUCGUGGACUCAUUUUGGAAAUUAGCGCAAACUUUUUGUGGUAUCGACCCCAUUUCGUAUUUGCCGGAACUUUUUUCCCAGAUUCCAGAAGUUUUGUUUUCUGUUAGCAAAAAUAUAGUAUUCAAAAAUAGAAAAAAUGCACCAAAAAUCUCGGGGCACGCGGAAGUAUCCAAUUUCUAACCAUUUUUAUUUUUCUUUCAGCUGUGAUCAUCAGCAAAAAGUACAUUUUUAGCGAGAGAAAACUAUUAAUCCUUGCUGUCAGCCGGAAGAAAACAUCUAUGUUUUGAUUGUCUAAAACAACAUCUGUUGACACAUUUUUUAAAUAUCCAAGAAAUGAUUGAUUGUCGAACAUUUCUUUUUCGCGUUUCUAAGUGAACAGAAUCGAUCAAACUUCGUGUUCAUCUUCAUUUUUCCUGCGCUUUUUCGAAAAAAAAAAUCAUUCUGAAAAUGCAGAAAAGAAGGGGGAAGAUUUGGGAGGAAAUUGAAUUGGUGCACGGGCCCGCGACAAUAUUCAAAUAUAAUUUUGAGCAUAAAAAGAGCACAAACUUUUUUAUGAAUAGAAUGGGUGAAAGAGGAGAUGCAUACCUUUUUUUGUUAAAAGUUCAAAAAGUUCUCAAUGCAGAAAAAUUGAAGGGAGAUCGAAGAAUAAUAUAUUUUCUGAAAAAGAACACCUCAAGAAAUAAUUAUUCAAAAAUUCCUAGUAUUCACAACUCUCGCGCAAAAAAUGUUUAUGACGUAUAAAAGUUGCCUGACUUUUCUAGGAAUCGAAAUUCGAAUUUUAUGAAAUGUGAUCUUAUCUAAACUAAGUUCAAACUGUGCAAUACUUGAAGAAGAUUAUUGUUUGAACUCUCACAAAUUGAGAGAAAAAAAGAUUUGUGAAAUCUUGAACAAAUAAUUAUGACGGGAAAUAGUGACACAUGGGUCAACAAUUUCUGUUUAGAAAAUUUUGAGCAGCAAGAAAAAUACAUAUACUGUUCGGGUAAAACCCAAAACUGUUGCUUAAAAACCUGUAAUUUUUCAAAAAAAAAACCUGAAAGAGCAAUUUGUUAUCGCCCUCUAAAAGUUUCAAAAGUCUAAACCUUCUCUCAAUUUCUUUUUUUUUUACAAAAUUUCAAUCCAUUAUGACGUUUUGCUUUUUUCUCCUCACUAUUUUUCUCUAUUUCAUUCCAUUCGACAAAAACAAAUAAUCCCAAAGCUCGGAGGUCGAAAAAAAUAAUUUCGCAGCAAAAAACGAGAAGAAGAAAAAGAACAAUCCAUUUUCAUCACUGCAAUUCCCAAAUGUAUUCAAAUGUCUGAAAAACUUUGGGGUUUUACAGUAAACACUCGAAAAAAUCGGCAAAAAUGAGCACUUUUUGCAAUACGAUACAUAUAGUAGUGCUCCGUCCAAUUAGUGCAGUUGUUUCGAUUUUCAAAAAAUAAAAGCUGGAAAAAAGUAGGCGAGCGGAUGUUUUUUGAAAUAUAAUAACGACAUUUGAAAAAAAAAUGUUGAAGUGACUGAGUAAACAACUAAAUGUUAGUUUUCGAAAUAUGUAAAUUUUCGUCAAAUAAGUAUGUACUUUAUGCUUUUCUGAAACUUAAAAGUAUAGUAAUACGUAUGUAAAUCUCGAAAUGUUCAGAAAUCUGUCAGAAAAUCAUUGUUUUUUAAUAUCACUACUUGCACUUUUAAAACUUCUGAUCUCAAGAAAAAUUUAGUGACUAAUGGGGCGAAUUUUAGGGGAAAAAUAUUAGAUUUUUAUCAGAGGAAAAAUUUUAAAAAUCAAAUAUAUUUUUUGCAGCUUCUACUUCCAUUCACAUCAGUAUUUUCACAAAUUCACGGUUAUCUUUAUGUAUUUCUAUGUGUAAUUGGAGUUUUUGCAAAUAUCUCAAUUGUUGUUGUUCUUCUUCGACCAGCCAUGCGAAAAUCACCAUUCAAUCUUUUUUUGGUUAUCAUCGCACUUUGUGAUGCUUCUUUGAUGGGAACCUAUUUAAUGUAUAAACAUGUUAGUUUUCCUGAUUUUUCUUAUCCCAAAUCGAUUUGUUUUUUUCAGGUGGAACUUUGUCAUCCUUGGUAUUUUUCUUAUCCUUGGGCAGUUUAUACAAAAUAUUAUGCAAUUAUUUCCGUUUUAUUGCAUACUUGUAGUCUGUGGUUGACUGUUAAUAUGGCAAUUUUGAGGUUAGUUCGGGAAAAUAUUAUAGAAAGUUUGAAUUUGAUUUUUUGAAAUUAAAAACGAGGAGGAAAAAUAAUUAAUUUAAAAAAACUGUUCCAAUUUUUAAGAACCGGAAAAUUCCCGAAACUGAACUUUUUGGGAACCACAAAUGCUUUAGAAACUUCAAAAAAAAAUCUGAAAUAUAUUUGCAGAUAUCUUGUUCUGUAUCGUGGAAGUUGUUCCGAUUCUCGACUUCCUCCAUGUAAUGGUUUCCCAGCUGCAAUAAUUGCAAUUUUCAUCGCAAUAAUUGUAUCAGUUAUUGGAUGUUUGCCAGUUUUUGUUAGAUAUACGGUAACUUCAUUUCUUUUAAACGUUUUUCUUCAUUUUUAGCAAAAAUAUAUAUUUUAGUUAGUUCCUCGAAAUAGUUCAACAGUUCCAUCAGAAUGUCUCGAAGGAAAAUAUGGAAAAUAUUGGGAACCAACAGAUAUUAUCGAAUUUUAUGCAAUCGAUCAACCAGAAUGGUGGAAUUGUAGUGCUGAAAAGAUCAAUUAUUGGACAGUUGCAUUAGUUCAUAAAUUAAUUCCAUGUGUUCUUCUCACAAUAUUUAUGACACUUUUGGUUCGAAUGUUAAUCGAGGCAAGAGAAAGAAGAUCAAGAUUAUGUGGAGGUGUUACAUCUGGAAAUUCGCAAGCUGAAAGAACAACUGCAAUGUUAACUGGAAUUGUUGCUGUAUUUCUUAUAACUGAAUUGCCUCAAGGUGUUCUUACAUUGGCUUCUGGUGUUCAUCAUGAAUUCACUUAUUUAACAAUGCACUUGAAUAAUGUUUUCGAUUUAUUAUCAUUGAUUAAUAGUUCAGUCAAUUUCGUUUUAUGUGCUUUGAUGUCACAUGUUUUUCGAAGGUUCGUUUUGUUUUCCAGCAGAAAAAAAAAAUAUUUUCGUGCAAAGAAUAUUUUUCACUCACUUCAAAAUUGACAAUCCAUCAAAAAUCUAUGUACUUUUUUGGUUGGCAAUAAUAAGAAUUAUAGUAUUUACUUCUUAGAAAAUAGUAUAAAAAUGAUGUCACAAUUUUUCGAGUUUUGAACGGACCGAAGUUCCAAAAAAGUAUGAAAUUCAUCCCACGACGAUUUUCAAAUUAUUCAAUUUUUGAAAUAAUUUUAAGUUUUCCGAUCCUAUUUCUUAUUUCUAAAAUAUAUUCAUAAAAUUACAAUAGGUGAUAUCAUUUUUAACUUUAAAAUUGUUCAGCCAUCCAAAAAGUAUAUCGAAAAAAAUCUUGCGAUACGAAAUUCUCAUGAUUAUAUAUGAUCUUUCAUCAUCAAAAAUAAAGUUGUUGUAAGCUUUCCAUAAAAUAAUAAUUAUUAUUAUUAGAAUGAGAAUAUACAUAAUUAUAUACUAAUCCAUAGUAUAAUCCAAGGAAAACUUGAGGGAUUUAGAAAUCAAAAAAGUUCAAACUUUGAUUUUCUAUUUUUUUCAGAGAGUUUCUUCACACAUUCGGCGUUUGCUGUCCUCAAUCGAGCGAAAGUCACAGUGGAGCACCAAUUCAGCAAAAACCCAACAGAAACGUAAGAUUUUUAAGAUAUUCACAAAAAAUGUGAAGUGCGGUGGGCGCCAGAUUAUCUAUGGGAAAAUGAAGAUUUGGAAACAUUUUUUUCUGUUUCAGCUUUUCUCGCACUUUGGUUUUGGGACCAGUUCGAAUAAUAACACAACAACUACGACAAAUUUCAAUGGAAAAGCGAAAAAGAAUGGAUUUAUGCCAGUUCCAACCAAUUGUCCAGAUGAAAAUUGA